UUGUGUCAGCAUAUAAAAAGUGGUAAAACAAGUUGUUGAAAUUAAAAUAUAUUUGAAAAUAAUAUAAAUUAAACAAAAAUAUAAAAGUUUUACUCUUGCCCUUACGUAUGUAUGUAUGAGUAAGUUCAUUUGUAUGUAGAGUGAGUACAUUUCUCUUUUUCCGCUCUCUUCGUGUGAAAAAUACCCCCCUCAUAUAAAGGAAAACGGUAUUUAUGUAAAUAAAAAAAAAACAUCACUGUCAAUGUAGUAGUGUAAGAGGUACUUACACGAUUAAGCUGCGAUUAACAUUGACAUUUCAAAUAUAUUUAUUUAACAAAACAACAAAAAAAAAAGAAAAACAGUAGCUGCUACUUACUGUAUCAUUGUUGUUAUUAUUAAUUUUACUAUUAUUGAUAGAGAUAACAACAUCUAAACGCUUGAAUCCUGCAAAUAAACUUUUAUAAAACGACUUCCGCUUAGUUGUUGGUUUUUAAAAUAAAUUGAAAAUGGAAUCUACACAAUCUACCACAUAUGAACCGCUAGAAGGUCGCAGUUCCGGUAUACGUCACGAACCCAUGGAUAGUCCGGAAAAUGAUGUUCGUGCUCCCAAAGAUCAAAAACAUAUGGUUUAUUUGGCUAUGUUGGCAGCGGGCAUUGGUUUUGUUUUGCCAUACAAUAGUUUUAUAAUCGCCUCAGACUAUUGGCAGUCACGUUUUCCUGGACGCUCUGUAGCUUUGGACAUGUCAAUGACGUAUAUAAUAGUGGCCUUUGCUACCGUACUAUUGAACAAUGUUUUCCUUUCGUUGGCUCCAUUUCGGAUGCGUGUGAUGUUCGGUUAUAUUGUAUCCUUUGCAACACUCGUGUUUGUGGCGGUAUGUGAAGUUGCCUGGCAUAUGUUUGCAGCCAAUACGGCGUAUUCAGUAAAUUUGGCAGCCGUAUCAUUGGUGGCCAUCGGUUGUACAGUACAACAAUCAAGUUUUUAUGGAUUUGCAAGUAUGUUUCCUAAACGUUAUACACAGGCUGUUAUGACGGGCGAAAGUUUGGCCGGGUUUCUGGUGUCUUCCAAUCGUGUUGGUACUAAACUAUUAAUACAAAACGAUCGUGUAUCGACGGUGAUUUUCUUUUUUACUUCAACACUUUACAUAUUGUUUAGUUACUUCUUGCAUUUGGCCACUAUUAAUUCGCCAUUUGUACGAUAUCAUAUGAAGGCAUGUGCCAAAAUUGUUUUGCGUCCGGACGAAGACCGUUUGAAUGCUCUAGAUGGUUCAACACCAACAGCCAAAUAUGGAGUUUUAACAUUGGAACCCAGCAGUCCUACAGCUCCCAUAGCUACUAAAACCACACCAGCAGCUUUAAGCUUCAGUAAUCCCGUUUAUGAACUGUCAAAUCCAUCGGCCGGUGAAAGUGUUAUAGAGGGUCUCAAUAAUUUACCCGACAUACCAGGUACUCCACAAGAACCUGCAACUCCCACAACAGUAGCAUUCAAAGUGGAACAUGUAUUGACACCGGGAACAUGUACACCCGGUAAACUGAGUGAUUUAAAAACCGGAUUUGCUUCAAGGUGGCAAGUUGCACAAUCUAUUUAUCCAUAUAUGGUGUGUAUAGCUUUGGCCUAUUGCGUAACCUUAUCGCUGUACCCCGGCAUAGAAUCGGAAAUAGUUUCUUGCAGUUUGGGAACUUGGAUGCCAGUCUUAUUAAUGUUUACGUUUAAUACAUCGGAUUUAAUAGGAAAAACAUUGGCUGGCGUGCCAUAUCCAUGGUCGCGCAGACAACUGAUUUUAAUGUCGGGUUUAAGGAUAGUUUUGGUACCCCUAUUACUGCUAUGCUGUGCGCCCAGGCAUCAACCGGUAAUAUCGGGGGAAACGGCUGCUUUUAUCUUUACCAUAGCUUUGGGUGUGAGCAAUGGUUUAGCCGGAAGUUUGCCUAUGAUGUUGGCUCCAGCUAAAGUUAAUGCUACGUUAAGAGAAGUUACUGGCAAUAUGAUGACUUUGUCCUAUAAUGUGGGCCUUACAGUGGGCUCGUUUAUUGGUUAUGUUUUCGAAUCUAUGCUGGGUGCUCAAAUCACAAAUCCAUGUCCCAAGUAUCCCUACAUCAUGGAUCAUCAUCCACAUUAUCAAUACACUUCAACAAGUGCAACCAUACUAAACAAUACGGCAACUAUAGCAGCAGCCAUAUUGACCUCCACACUUGCCACGCCUACAACAAGUACUGAGGCAACUACAAUUUUCUCAACCUUCAAUUCAACUACUUCCAUGGCAGCAAUUGGUUCAAUAACCACUACCACAAUGGCUCCGCCGCCUUCGGUUACAUCAACGGCUACUUUGGCCGUCGUCUCUACUGUCGCAGCCACAAUCGCCACCAUUCCGGAAGUGCUGAAUACUGUGGUCAACACGGUGGUAACAUCGAUCAGCGAUUUAAGUUCAGAGCUAAUAAGUGGUGGCACAAGUACCGGUGAUCCCCAAACACCAUUGGAAUUAAUUGAAAAAAUCUAAACUGAUAAAGUCCACAGGGAUUUUGUGCAUGUGUGAUAGUUAGUUAGUGGUAGGGUGGAUGAGAGUAGUAAGUGAAAAAACGAAAUUAUUUUAUAAAAUUAUUUGUAAAAUGUUUGAGUCCAUGUUUUAAUGUACGCGUUAAAGUGGUGGUAAGACAAACAUAUACUAUACAUACGUAUAAGUUUAAGUUUAUGCAUGAAUCUAAGGUUUUUUAAACAAAUACUGACAUAAUGAGGAUGUUCCAAAAGAUGAUGAUGUAUAUAAAUACCUUGAAAAUAUUUUGUAUUUGUUUGUGUAUGAUUAGGGAUAAAAUAAAAAUAAAGUAAAAACUGUAUGUGCAAGAUAUUUCAACAAAAAAAAGUAAUUGAAAUUAUA